UUUUAGAUUUUAGAGUUAAACCUGUUGUUUGGUUGAGGGCUGCGAAACCACAAGUGUUUGUAGUGUUUAGAGUCCCCUGCCUCUCUAUCCAAUACUAUCCAUCUCUCUCUCUAUAUAUAUAUAUAUAUAUAUAUCAAAUUUCUGGGGCUUAUCUUGGCCAAGCUUCAAACAAGAAGAAGCAGAAGAAGAAGAAGAAGAAGAAAGGUCAUGUCUCGAAAAGGGGGACCCACAACUUCACUUGCAAAGGACGUUCCAUGGAGAGCCUCGUCCGUAAAGCCAAUCCCCAAAAUCCACCACUCCCCAAUUCUCCGCGUCCCCAAUAACCCCACUUCCAACUACGCCAUUUCCAUCAUCAAGAAAGAUAAUCCUAUCGGAAAUGGGUUUGCCACUGAAGCCGUGGUGGAAUCAGCUGGACCCGAUUGUAUCGUCCCCGGUCAGACUACGCCGCUCAAAUUGCUCGGCCUCAAGGUGUGGCCGAUCGAUGUUAACCUGAAAUUUUUGGAACCGGUUGGGCGAGAGCUUAAGUUGAUUGGAAAGUUCAUGGAUGAUGCUGUCAACCUUAUGAACAAAUCGUUUAUAGAUCGUUAAUGGCACGGACUUCCGGCUAUGAAAAAGACAGGUCCCUGAACAGUUUUGGAUCAAGUUUUUUGUUUGUUGUUAUUAUUCUUGUGAUCAACAUGAAAGCGUAACUAGGAAGAGUAGCUAUAAUAUAAAGGAGAUCUGUCUAGCCUUUGUUUCUUGCUUAUGCUUUCUGAGGCUUAUCACUCUUGUUUUGGCUAUAAUUGUUCCGUAUAAGUUUUCUUGUUAAAUAUUUAUAAUAAGGAAAUACCUUUAUUA